AUGGCCACCAGCGCCGCGUCUCCGCCGGCCGCAGCAACAGCGGCGGCGAACAGCCCUCACGUCGACGUCAAAGUUGCCAUACCGCGACCACCAUCUCUAUGUAUGAAACCAGCUCAGACCCCGCCAGCCGCUUCCCCGCCAUCGUCGUCUGGCUCAGCGCCGAUGUCUCUCACCAGCAGAGAAUGGAUCGUCCCUCCACGGCCCAAGCCAGGACGGAAGCCAGCGACAGAUACACCGCCUACUAAACGCAAGGCGCAGAAUCGAGCAGCCCAGCGAGCGUUCCGGGAGAGGCGCGCCGCCCGGGUCGGCGAGCUUGAAGAACAGCUGAAACAAAUCGAGGAAGAGCAUGAACACGAACAAGACGUCCUGCGAACGACGGUCGACAAACUUGAGAAGGAAAUUGAGCACUAUCGAACUGACCUGGCACACUGGGUCGAUCGAUGUAGGCGACUGGAAAAUGAGCUUGCUGCCGCGAGAUCAACGACUUCCGGAUCAUCUGCACAGGAUAAGAACCCAGAUUCUACCGACAACGCGGCAGAUGAUACGUCGAUCGGAUGCGGAAACUGUACACUAGAGACUCGCUGCCAAUGCAUAGACGAUGCUUUUACAGCAAUGGGGGGAGAAUCAGCCGAUCUCCGCGACGCCCAUCAUCACGAGAAACGCCCGCUCUCCCCGUCGCAGCGAGAUGGCGGGGAGAAAAGGAUCAAAAUUGAGAGCAAGGAAAGUCUAGAAAUCGACUUUACGACAAUGUACACCUCAAACGCUCUUCCAGAACGGCUUCGGCUAGACCAUCACUCUCCUACUUCGGUGGUGGCGGAUCCGUGCGGCUUCUGCUCAGAUGGAACACCUUGUAUCUGCGCCGAGGUUGCAGCCGAACAGGAACAAGCGCAGACUGUGGCCAACAGCAGAUCUGCCGCCGCAGCCAUCUCGACGCACCUGCCACCAAGACAACUCGACCAAUUUACACCACCUCCAUCUGAAGGCGAUGUGUCCAUGUCUGUCCCACCAGUAGCUGCGGCCCCUUUAGGGUGUGGAAGUUCGGGACCAGGAACGUGUGCUCAAUGCCGCGCCGACCCGAACAGCACUCUUUUCUGCAAAUCUCUCGCAGCGUCUCGUGCUCAGUCGCAGGCUGCGAACUCACCAGCCUCGGGGUGCUGCGGGGGCCAAAGUGCCGGCGGGUCUUGCUGUCGGUCGAACACCGAAAGCAACGUGGUGCCUCUUCCCAAGAGGAACCGCACCACCCGGUCCCAAGCGGCAGCCAUCAUGUCGUAUCAAAGCUUGGCCAAGCAAGCCUCUGCAGAUGUGCCAAAGGCAGGAGUGACACUGACCUGUGCAGACGCCUACACCACUCUGUCAAGACAUCCCGCGUACGAACGUGCUGCCGGCGACAUUGGCGAGUGGAUGCCCAAGCUACACGCCACAGAGCCAGCCAACCCAGCCAUGGCCGGCAGACCGGCGCUGGAGAUUGACGCUGCAAAUGUCAUGGCAGUCCUAAGGGAUUUCGAUCGGAGAUUCGGCAAGAGCCCAUGA